GUCGCGUCCUGCACAGAGCUAAAAGCGCGAGCCAAACGCAGGGCAACACGAGCACGUUUGCGAGCGUGUGUAGCGCAUUUAUUUCACUUACGAGCACAGAGCAGUUUGUGUUUUCUAUAACCCGAGUGUGUUUCACGAAGCGCAUUCAUGUCUGAAACGCGCAAGAGAAGUAGGAAGCACUACGGCGGGCACGCGCCGAGGAAACUGAGGCGCACUCGCGAGCUGGAGGUGGGCGCUGAAGGCGUGCUGAUCACCUGUAACAUGAACGAGCGCAAGUGCACGAGGGAAGCCUUCAAUCUGCUGAACGAGUACGCGGACGCGCUCUACGGACCCGAGCAGUCAGGUGAGGCGCAGGACAGUCACAGUGAAGAGGAUGAUGAAGACGCUGAAGCGGCUCUGAAGAAGGAGGUGUCUCAAAUCCAGACGUCCAUGAAGAGCAGACAGCAGAGGUUCACAGCGCUGGACAGCGGAGCGACUAACGUUGUGUUCAUCCGAUCUCAUGGAGUCGAUCCAGAGAAGCUGGUUCAUCACGUUCUCUCAGACCUCCAUCAGACCAAGAAGAAGAAGACUCGCGUGAUCCUGCGCAUGCUGCCGGUGAGCGGCACGUGUCGGGCCUUCCCAGAGGACAUGGAGAAGUAUCUGAGCGUGUUCCUGGAGCGCUGGUUCAAAGCGCCGCUGAGAGCCACGUACCAGAUCUGCUUCAAAGCCCGAAACAGCAGUCACAACAAGAGAGAUGAUGUCAUCAAAGACGUCGCAGCUCUGGUGGCUGACAUGAACCCGGAGAAUAAAGUGGAUCUGACCAAUCCUGAGCUGAGUAUCAUCAUCGAGAUCAUCAAGGCCGUGUGCUGCGUCAGCGUCGUCAGGGACUACGCGCUCUUCCGCAAAUACAACCUACAGGAAGUCAGCAAAGAGCCGGCCAAUCAGAGCCCAGAGAAGGAGGAAGCAGCGAAGAGCACGGCCGAUCAAACGCAAGAGCACGGCAACGGCACCUCCGCUGAUGGAAACGCUGCUGGUGGUGACGGACGGGAGGAGGCGGAGCCUGAGUGAAUGUGUUCAUGUGUGAUGGACAGUGUGUGGAUUUUUAAAAACCUUUCGUAUGUGUUUUCUUCAAACGUUUGUUUGUUUGUUUGUUUUUGAUGAUUUGUUUUCUCAUGUGUGCGACUCUA